AUAUAUGUUAGUUGGAACGUAUCCACCAUUGUUAGGAAACAAAGACUCCACGGAUAAAUUUGACAUUUGAGAGAAAUUUCCUGAAGAUGACGAUAGAUGUCGCAUCAAUAGCCGACUAUUAGGCGGAGGGAAAAGGAGGAGAAUCUGGAAAGAAAAGAAGAGAAGCUACAUUUGAAAGGAUUAAUUUGUACAGGUUAUGUUGUGACAAGUGCAAGUUACAUUUCAUUCCCUAACUCGUAAAGUACAUAGAAUUAUAUACAAUUAUUCUGAAGAGAUUUAAAGAGAAAUUUCUGAAGAGAGUGAAAAGGGAUAAUAUAGAAUUAUCAUACCAUAGCUCAUUCGUGACUGUAGCACAUAAUAAAUCGUAGAGGUUAUGACAUUACAUCGGCCACGACUGUUCGACGAUUUUGACAGUUCAUGACACACGACACAUGUUCACGACGAGAAUGAAGGAGUCCAAUUCCAAGGAGAUCAUCAAUUUGCUCGAUCUGUUAUCGGACAGCAAUUCUGACAGCGCCGAUCUGAUCCUCCCACCUCAAAAAAGAAGAAAGUCAAACGGCGGCAGAGAUCACGGAUCUUGUCUAGGACAAGCCAUAAUAAUUCUUGUGGAUGUAAUAAGGCGGGUAUACGCGUUGUGUCUCUGUGGUUGGCGGCAAUAUUAAUCACAUUUUGGUUAAUUGCAUUAUCUUGGCUGGCAACUAUAUUGUAUGGCGAGAUUAAGAAAAUGGAUAUAUCCUUAAAGUCAGAUAUAUGUGGCGCGUUUAAGAUUCAGACAACGAAAACUCCAAAUUAAUUAAAGUGCGAACUGACAAGUUCUAAGAGUGCGAAAGUCGAAGACGAAAAUGUAGACUAAUCGUGAGGUUUCUCUUCAAAAGCCUUUUGAUUAAUUCUCGUGAGCAGCUACGUUAUUUUGAGACAUUGCACGAGUCUUUCUCUAUAAGUGCACGCAGUGCCGUUUUUAAUCGAACAGUUGCUCAAUAUUGACAAUGAUCGAUCAAGGAUUCCACGCGAUGAUCGUGUGGUGUUCAGGAAACGCCAGAAGUGAAGUGUAAAUACCUGGGGAGAAGUCACGCCGAAGAUAUUCUAAAAAGAUAGGUGGCGUGGUAUUACUUGAAAUGGACUCGGUGGCAGUGACGGUGCCGCUUCGUCAGCCGAUGAAGAAGAUGAAGAAGCGGAAGGAGCUCGACGCUCUUGCACCGGCGCACGCCGUUUCCCGUCGAAGUUCCGGCAAACGCAGCUCCCAGGAGUUGUUAACAGACAGCAGCGAUGAUCGUUCGGAGUACUCUGGAAUACUCCGGAACGUUUCUACCAGAGGCGGUCGUAAAUGCAGAGGUAGACGAGGUCGAGGUUGUCCUGGAUUUUUCAAGGCUUGCAACGCCUUUUUGGCAUGUGCCUCCGUAUUAGCGACCGCUAGUUUAAUAUGGCUGUUCAUCGACGUUCGUCAACAGCUUACCGCUCUACGAACCGAGUUAGACCAAGUGAUAGCGGGCAGCGAAGGUGUGCCGGAUGCUUUGCAGAAAUGUCAUUCGUUAUCGAGAGACCUUCAGAAUAAUCAAUCGAUUAUUUUCGCCAGACUAUCUGAUCUCAAACAGCAAAUAAAUAAUUCUACGAUACAGCUGGCACACAUUCAACAGGACUUGCAUAAAGUGCAGGAUUACUUCCAAGCCGCGCCCGAAAUGGCCAACUUGCCGAAACGCUUAAAUGAACUGUCAGCUAGCGUCGCGACCUUCGGUAGUCAAAUAAGAGAUCUGGGAGCUACGGUGGACACUUUAAAAGAGACAAAUGUAAGGAUACAAGAUGCGCAAACUGCUAUGCAGCAAAACGUCAGCAGUAUUAAGCAAUCUAUGGUAGAAUUGUCGAAUGUCACUCAAAAGCCUCAAAUUUUGAGUACCGACGAAACGCAAGUUAAGACUGACAAACUAAACUUUACAAUAUCACAUUUAAUGAAUAAUCUAACGCAUAUUAACAAAACCUUGUCGAGCAAAUUGCAAUGGGUUGCCGACGAUCAAGAUGAAGAUCGCAGAAAGCUAGUCUCGCUUCAAGAAGCAACUGCAGCCAUUAACACGACAGUGAUGUCUUUACAAGGAGAAUGCGUUAAAGUAUCUGAACAAACUUCCGUUUUAGCAUCAAUUCAACAAUUAACGGAAAAGGUGAACGAGAUACGUGCGACGGAUGUAGAACUAAUCAAUAAAUUCAAGCAAUUGGAACAAUCGUAUAAUGGAUUGAAAAAUUCCACCAGCAUAAUGUUCGCGACUCUGUCUGAAAUGGAAACUCAACGAGUCAGCAAAGUUAAACUACCGGAGUCAUUAAAUAGCGAUGUAACAACAGAAACGGAUCGUGCUGCGACAGGUGCGGUAAAGCCAUAUAUGUAAACGAUAUUGCUCAGAAAAGAUUCUAAAUGACAAAUUGAGAAAUGGUAAAAUCACGUAUACAGCGCGUAUGUGAAAUGGAAUAAACUUUUUCUCGAAAAAAACUAAUUUUCGAGAAGAAACUUUCACGUGGACGAAAGUUAUUUUAUACACAAUCUGACGAAGCUAUGUGUAUUUGUAAAUACUAAUAAAUUAAGUAUGUUAUAUAAUUCUAUGUACAUAGAAAGAGACUAUUUAUGAUAUCAUACACAUGUCUCCAGUAUAAUAAUCUACUGGAGUUUACAACUUAUGUGUGAUUGAUGGAGACUGCGAGCGUCGAUUAUAGCGUGAGAGAGGCUAUUUAUGCCGAGCAAUAAUUACACAGCGUAUAAAAAACAUUACUGUUAAUAGAAUUGAAUAUUCCGUAUUCUAGAUUAUCGGAGAACAAUUAGGUACGUCAAUUCUUAAGCAGACAUAGCGAAGAGAGAGAAAGAGAGGAUAUUUCAGAAAUACUAUGGAAAGUACAAAAUUGACAGCCGUCUAAAAUACAUUCUCGGUUGUAUAACGUCUAGCAAAAAAAAAAUUAUUCAUAUUUAAGCAAUGAUAAAAUUGUCAAGAGUUUUUUCUACUCUUCUACGUUUUAUAGAGUAGCUACUGUAAAUUUUUUUCGAAUUUUCUGAUAUAACAAAAUUUCUCUGAUACAACAGAAUUGCAGAGAAAACUAUAUACAAAAAUACUAAGUUAACAAAUAGCAAAGAGUGUGAUAAAGUGAUAAAGGUGUAACAGUUGUAACAUUCCAAGUACAUAGUUAAUUAAACUUGAUUUUUGAGAUUGAUAAAA